ACAGAAAACAAAUAUGGCUGCGCCCACGUCUUGCAAGUUGAAGCAGUCGAAAAUGAGUCGAAACCGCGGUGGUCUAAACUGUCAAAGUGGGAAUUGUUCAUGGAGUUAUCGGAACAGUGUGAAGCUCUCGGAACUGCCAGUAAAUGAAACUUCUGUCGCCUAGCGCUGAAUAAUUCACAACACGUAUGGAGAAUUCAAAAAUAUUCUCUUAAGACAUGGCCACCGUGGACAUGGCUGUCCGGUUUCAAAAUGUGCAUGAACGGCUAUUAGUGGGAUGCGCUUGCGAAAUAAAGCAAGAGCUGAAUUCAUUGGUUGACCAUGGAUUUGUCGACUUACUAGGAGGCAAGCUACUGCAGGAAGAGACUCUGCUUGGGUUGACUGUCUUGUAUGCGAUGUCAGAAACCUUACGGAAGUCAUCUCAAAUGAAGGCGAUAUGUCCAAUCAUCCAGGAUGCAUUGGCCACUCUUGUGCAAAAAGAAAUCCUUGGAAACUUGUUAAGUCUGCAGCUGCUGUCUCCAGACAAGUUUGUCGCCCACUGCUGCCUGCUCACGCUCAACUCCUUGGCAAGAUGUAGCAAGGAUCUACAGGAAGCAUUCUUUGGUGCUCUUGACAAGCGCCUCGACAUUCUGGGCACAGUUCCAGUUAAUGAGAAAACACGAUUCUGCCAGCUGAUCACAUUCCUGUUGACUGCAGAUAUCAGAAGCAGCCACCCUGAAGAAGCAACCGAUAUGAGCUGUCCCGCACCGGCAGUGUCUACCAUGCAAGCAGCCAAUCUAGAUGAUUUCUCCUCCGGCAUCUCGUCUGCUGCCGAGAAGUGCCUGCAUAGCAUGUUGCCGUGCCUUCAGAAUGAAGCAUCACAUGACACUUUGUACCCCACACUAUGCCUGUGGCUCAAACUGGUGCAGAGCCGUCCCAGUAUGGAGGUGUUAGGUGGCUUGCUACCUCAGCAUUUUGUGCAGUGGUCUGCAGGAGAGGAUCCGCUUGUGGCAAGAACAGUGCUGGAAAUACUGGACAGGAGUCUACAGCCUGCCAUUGAGGAAGCAAAGCUUUCCAAAGUUCCACCGUGGGUGCCUCUUAUUGGACAGCAAGUCAUUGAGGCUGUGCAUAGAGGCUGGCUUGACCAGCUACACUUUCGAACUGGAUUUUGCGGUUUUGCAGGACCAGCAGGGAGCCUAGCUGCAAAUACCCAGAGUGAGUUCUUCUUCCCUGUGAUUGAAGCUCAGGGAGACAGCAGGGUGAUUCGACUGGCAAUGCUUGUCCUCAUGAAGUCUUCCACAGCGUGUCUCAUGCAAGGCAUGCAGGAAGGCCUACCAAAAGCCCUGGAAGCUGGUCUUACUUGGCUUCGGUCAAAAACAGGGGUGGCAGCCAGUGUGCCUGAUGCAGACUGUCUUGUGCAGUUGUUCCUGGAGCAAGAUGAUCAGCUAAUGGAGUGCCUCCUUAGUGAGCUGCUUUUACAUUUACACAAGCCUUCCAUCUGGACGGCAACCACAGCAAUCGCAAAUCCACACAGGAUGUUUCUGAAGUUCCUUGGCUCACUAGGAAAUGACCACGUCACCUUGAUUGACUUUUUGACGUCCCAGGAAACCUGUGCCUUGCUUUACUUUGUGCGUUACCUCAAGCUGUUGCUUUCUGACUGGGAUAAUUUUUUGAAGUGUCAUAGUGAGCUGUCUGUCAGCAGUGAAGUUCACAACACAUCUGCCCAAGAGACAUGUGCGCAGCUUGAUGUCACCAUGGCAACUCUCGUCAGGACACGGAUGAAGUUGGAGAAAAUGACACAGAAACAUGACCUUCUGCCCUUCAGUGUAGCUCCUCUGGUCAGACUGAUUGAGAGGUGUGAAGACAUCUAUGAAAGUGUUUCAUAAAACAUUUGGGGAAAUUUG